AUGUCGGACGAGGAGUUGAAAGUUCCCGAGGAAAUGUUCAAAGAGGUCAAAUUUUACGCGGUGGGGGACAUCGACCCCAAGGUUAUUCAGUUACUGAAAGCCGGAAAAGCGAAGGAAGUUUCUUAUAAUGCUCUGGCCUCGCACAUCAUUUCAGAAGAUGGGGAUAAUCCAGAGGUGGGAGAAUCUCGGGAAGUUUUUGAUCUCCCUGUAGUGAAACCUUCUUGGGUGAUUUUAUCUGUUCGCUGUGGAGCUCUCCUGCCAGUGAAUGGUUUCUCUCCAGAAUCAUGUCAGAUUUUUUUUGGUGUCACUGCCUGUCUCUCCCAGAUUUCAUCUGAAGACCGAAGUGCGCUGUGGGCUUUGAUUACGUUUUAUGGGGGGGAUUGCCAGCUGAGCCUCAAUAAGAAGUGUACUCAUUUGAUUGUACCUGAGCCAAAGGGGGAAAAAUAUGAAUGUGCAGUUAAACGAGAAAGCAUUAAAAUUGUGACCCCAGACUGGGUCCUGGAUUCUAUUUCAGACAAAACUAAAAAGGAGGAAACGUUUUAUCAUCCGCGUCUUAUAGUAUAUGAAGAGGAGGAGGAGGAGGAAGAAGAAGAGGAAGAAGAUGAAGAAGCUGAAAAUGAGGAGCAGGAUUCUCAAAAUGAGGGCAGCACCGACGAAAAGUUAUCAAGCCCUGCAAGUUCCCAAGAAGGAUCUCCUUUAGGUGACCAAGCGUUUUCACCCAAGUCUAACCCUGAAAAAUCCAAAGGGGAAUUGAUGUUUGAUGAUUCCUCAGAUUCGUCUCCUGAGAAGCAAGAGAGAAAUUUGAAUUGGACCCCCGCUGAAGUCCCUCAGAUAGCUACAGCAAAGCGCAGGUUGCCCCAGGGCAAGGAGUCUGGUUUAAUAAAUUUGUGUGCCAAUGUUCCUCCUGUCCCAGGCAAUAUUUUGCCUCCUGAAGUCCGAGGUAACUUAAUGGCUUCAGGGCAAGGUAUGCAAAGCUCGGAAAGACCAGAAAUGAUGGCUGCUUGGAGCCCAGCAAUGCGGACAUUAAGAAAUAUUACUAAUAGUGCUGAUAUUCAGCAGAUUAAUCGACCAUCAAAUGUAGCACAUAUCUUACAAUCCCUUUCAGCACCUACAAAAAGUUUAGAACAGCAGGUAAACCAUAACCAACAGGGACAUGCAAAUGCAGUGUUGUUUAGCCAAGUGAAACUAACUCCAGAGGCUCAUUUAUUACAACAGCAACAUCAGGCCCAACAGCAGCCCCACCACCCCCUUUUACACCUUCAGCCUCAACAACUUAUGCAACUGCAGCAGCAGCAGCAGCAACAGCAGCAGCACCAACCACAGAUUUCCCAACCAUCUUACCCUCCCCAACAACCUCAUCAGUUUGCACAGCAGCAGCAGCAGCAAGUCCAUCAGCAGCAUCCGUUUGCACAGCAGUCGCUCCAGUUUCCUCAGCAGCAGCUGCAUCCUCAACAGCAGCUGCACCGCCCUCCGCAGCAGCUUCAGCAGUUCCAGCAGCAGCAGGCCCUGCAGCAGCAGUUGCAUCAGCUGCAGCAGCAGCAACUGCAGCAGCACCAGUUUGCCCAACUACAGCAGCAGAACAUGCAGCAGCAACAGCUGCAGCAGCAGCAGCUUCAACAACACCAGUUGCAGCAGCAGCAGCUGCAGCGCCUGCACCAACAGCAUCAGCAGCAGCAAAUGCAAAAUCAAGCAGCACAACACUUGAGUCAAACAUCCCAAGCACUACAGCAUCAGGUUCCGCCUGCACAACCCCAACAUCACCAGCAGCAACAGCACCAUCAGCUCUUUGGACACGAUCCAGCCGUGGAGAUUCCAGAAGAAUGUUUCUUAUUGGGAUGUGUGUUUGCCAUUGCUGAUUAUCCAGAGCAGAUGUCUGAUAAACAACUACUUGCGACCUGGAAACGGAUAAUACAAGCACAUGGUGGCACAGUGGAUCCUACAUUUACAGGCAGAUGUACACAUCUUCUCUGUGAAAGCCAAGUCAGUAGCAUGUAUGCACAGGCUUUGAGAGAAAGAAAGAGAUGUGUCACCGCACAUUGGCUAAAUACCGUUUUGAAGAAGAAGAAAUUGGUGCCACCCCAUCGAGCCCUUCAUUUUCCAGUGGCGUUCCCACCAGGAGGAAAGCCUUGCUCCCAGCAUAUUAUUUCUGUGACAGGAUUUGUUGAUAGUGACAGAGAUGACCUAAAAUUAAUGGCUUAUCUGGCAGGUGCCAAGUACACAGGUUAUUUAUGCCGCAGCAAUACAGUUCUCAUCUGUAAAGAGCCCAGUGGUUUAAAGUAUGAAAAAGCCAAAGAGUGGAGGAUACCCUGUGUAAAUGCUCAAUGGCUUUGUGAUAUAUUACUUGGGAAUUUUGAAGCCCUACGACAGAUCCAACACACCCGGUACACAGUGUUCAGUCUCCAGGACCCGCUUUCACCAACCCAGCAUUUAGUUUUAAACCUUUUGGAUGCCUGGAGAAUUCCACUAAAAGUAUCAGCAGAGAUGUUAAUGGGUGUAAGAUUACCCCCUAAACUGAAGCAAAACGAAGCUAGUCUCCAACCUUCUACCAAGCGAGCCAGAAUUGAAGACUUACCUCCUCCUACUAAAAAGUUAACACCAGAAUUAACCCCUUUGGUCCUUUUCACUGGAUUUGAGCCUAUCCAAGUUCAACAGUAUAUUAAGAAACUCUACAUUCUUGGGGGAGAGGUAGCUGAGUCUGCACAGAAAUGCACACACCUAAUUGCCAGCAAAGUGACACGCACAGUAAAGUUUCUGACAGCAAUUUCAACAGUAAAGCAUAUUGUGACUCCAGACUGGUUAGAAGAGUGUUUCAAGUGCCAGAAAUUUGUUGAUGAACAGAGCUUCUUGCUGCGGGAUGCAGAAGCCGAAGUGCUUUUCUGUUUCAGCUUAGAAGAGUCCUUGAAGAGAGCGCAUGGCACUCCACUUUUUAAGGCAAAGUAUUUUUAUAUCACACCUGGAAUUUGUCCUAGUCUUUCAACCAUGAAAGCUAUUGUGGAGUGUGCAGGAGGAAAAGUAUUAUCCAAGCAGCCUUCUUUCCGGAAACUCAUGGAACAUAAACAAAACAAGAGUUUGUCUGAAAUUAUCUUAAUAUCGUGUGAAAAUGACCUUCACUUAUGUCGAGAAUAUUUUGCCAGAGGAAUAGAUGUUCAUAACGCCGAGUUUGUUCUAACUGGAGUUCUUACCCAGACACUGGACUACGAAUCAUAUAAAUUUACUUGAUGGGGACAAAAAUGCUGCUUUGCUUUGGAGCCCUUGGGAGCACUAACUCUAGCUAUUUUAGCUGUCAGAUAAAGUAAUCAGUACUUCCUGCAGAUAAGUCUUGUUUUCCAGCUGUUUUCCUUAAGUGUUGAGCAGUUUACAGGAGGAAAACAAAUAAACUGCAUCUUAUUAAGAUGUGUAAUUUUAUUAUGAAGAAACAUAAUUUAUUAUGUUUUGUAUUAUAUAACUUUUAAAGAGCCCACAUUAGGUUUCAUUAUUCAUUUGCUGGUUUUUAAAAUAUUUUAACAUAACGAUGGUAUAGAACUUUAACUGAGAGUAAAUUGUGGCUGUAAAUAAGGGCCUGCUGUCUCUUAAAUUAUGGGUGUUAAAGAUUUAAAAUGUUUUGUACUCUUGAUUAUUUUUAUUUCUUAUACUCCGUUUUCUUUUGAUAACUUGCCCAAGUUUUAAAUAAAUGUACUUUUAAAC